AUGGGGGCCUUCAACAGCUGCUUCUCCAGCACUUUGCGGCUUUGCUGCUCCAAAAGAGUCCACCAGAUUCGCGUGGCGGGGCCGGCCCAGGCGGGCAAGACUUCCAUCAUAAAGUGGAUGAAGUACAAGAGUUUCUUCAAACUCGCCCCCACCGAGGGACUAGAAGUCGACAGGAUCGACUACCCUGACACCGCCCUUGUCAUGUGGGAUACGCGCCAGCACUUCGAAGACAUGGUGAGCCCCACCAGCUGGACAUUCGCUGCAUCAUUUUCGUGGUCGACAGCGCAGACCCGGGCCGGCUCCGCGUGGGCAAACCGCUCGCUGGACCGGCUGCUGCGGGACCUCCCCAACGCCAGCAUUCUGCUGGUCUUCGCCACCAAACAAGACCGGCCCGGCGCGCUGUCUGUGGCGGACAUUCAGCAGCAACUCCACCUCCACCAACUCGUCGACAAGGAGUGCGGAGUCUUUGCAUGCAGCGCCAAAACUGGAGAAGGAAUUGAAGAAGGAGUCUCUUGGCUUAUUCGCCAGCUGAAGCAGCAAGACGGCGCCAGCUGCGCAUGCGAAGCAGACUCCGCAAUUCCCUGCUUCCUGCAGCAGCUCCCAGUCUAG